AUGUUAGGCUCGCUUGAGGCGGUAAAAGAUUUUUUUCUCAAAAACCGUAAAAUAGUCAGUUGAUGGCACCAAAAAGCAAAGGAAGAAACUCUGAAAUAUGCAAAAAUCUCCGAAUUCAAAGAAGAAAAAUACUUAGAAGAAAAUAUUCGAUUGAUGAUUGAAGAUAAUGAUGCUGGCAGCAUCUCAGAAUUUUUUAGAGUAAUAGACUGUUUAUCUUACAAUAAAAAAGAUAUACUAGACUUUGAGGAUUUGGAGGAACUUCUAAAGUCAGGAUAUGAACUGUCAAUUCUGUCUCUGCUAAUAAAAUCUCCAAUCGAAAAUCUCGAAGAAAGGUUUACGAAUCAUAUUUUUAGGCUUUUAGAAUCAAACGAAAUUUAUGACUGAAUGGCAAGGUCUGAUCCUAACAUAAGUGAAAGCUUAAAAGUAAAAGAAAAAAUCGUAAGCUUUGCAACUUAUUUCUCUUUCAUUAUAAAAUAUUCGAAAGAAAAAUCAAACCUCAUCAGAGAGUUAGGUGAAUGAAAUUUAAUCAAAACGUCAGAACUUUUGAUGAACUGUGCAAAAGAUACAAAUGAGUGUGUAGAUGAGUUUUUUUUCUUUAGUUGCGAUGUUUUAAAAUUAUAUAAUAUAGAGUUCAAUUUUCUGCAAGAGUGAGAAUUAAAUAUCCUGAUUGACAAUAUUUGCUCAUGGCACACAUUUUCAAAUGCUUUAAAUUUAGCUAGCCAUAUCAAAAUUAAACAAAGCACUAUCCAAAAAUUGUGCCAAAUAAUCUAUGACUCUUUUUAUUGUUGCUGAAAUGCUGUAUUAGACUUUUAUACAUCUGGAGAAGAAGUUCUAAAAAUAUCACAUAAUUAUCUGAGAUCCAGAUAUAUAUCCUUUAAAAAUGAAAGAAGCAUUGAUAUGAUGAAAAAAAAUUUAGAAGCAUUGCUAAUUUAUACUACAAAUAUUAAUAAAGUUGCAAGUACACUUUUUGAUGAGAUAGAACUGGAAGAAUUCAUUAGUGAAGAAGGAGUUUUGGAUUGCUUUAUUAAGCGCGUCGACAAUAUAAUUAAUGCUCAGUUAACAAUUCAAUAUCCCUCAAUUAGCCUGCUAAACGCUUAUUUCGAAACUCUCCCGAGUAUAAAAGACAAGAGUUUAAAGAGGGCUAUGAGUGAUAUACCAAGGUUAGCUUUAUACUUCUACCUCAAAAAAAUGCUGCAAGAUACAAAAAUUAGAAAUAUAAUGAAAUAUUUAAAGUCAUUUAUUUCUCAGUUUGAAGUGACAGAGAUUUUGGAAAAAGAUAAAAUUUUGAAAUUUUUCAAAGCCACCUUUUCAUUUAUGCCUGAAAUUCAAAGAGAUUUUAACUGUUAUUUAAAUGAAGAUCUUAUCUAUAGAUGGCGUCAAAAAAAGCGUUCCAUUAAGCAAGAAGCUAAAUCAAGUCUUUCUAAUCAAAAUCUACGACAUCAGAAACUAUUAAUAGCAAAUGCUAUUGGAUUGGCUGAAGACAUUAUGGACAUACAAAUUAAUAGCACAGUUCAAUUUAAUUAUCUUGCUGUCAACGAAUUUGAAGAAUUUAUAGAUACAUAUAUUUCUAUAAUAAGGGAUAAAGAUGUCAAAAAGUUGUUUUUAUUUUAUAAAGAAAUCAGUACAUACCUCGAAGAUUUUAACUUCAACAAAAUUAGUUAUGAGGACAGCAAAAGCAGAGUAACAAUAGCUAAAUAUUUUAUAUGCCUAAUCAAAAACGCUUUGACUGAGGUUUUUAAAGAGUAUGCAAAUAAAUUAAAAGAAAAGCUGCAAGACUCAGAAGAUAAAGUAAUAGAUUCCAUUGAAUCUGAAACUUUAGAAACAAAAAAUUCUUUGGUUAUUAGAGAUAUUUCCUUCGAAGAAGAAAGCAGCGAAGAGGAAAAUUUUAUCUGGAUGAUUAAAAGAGCUUUGGUAGGGGAUCAGCAAAUUAUUGGUGAUCCGUUUUGGAACAGUUUUUUAAUAAGCAGAGAAGAUCAAAAAGACAAGCUAGAAGAAUUUAGGAGUUCAUUCCUUCAUAAAAUGGUGUUUAGCGAUGGUGAUGAAAACUUUAUUUUAAGGCAAUAUCUUGCAUCUCAUCUGACAAGACUUUUUAACGGAACUUUAAAUAAAGGAAAUACAGAAUUUUUUACUGAAGCGAUGCAAGUAACUAUUAAAUUGUUUUUUAACCGCUCAGAAACAUUGGAUAAAACUCAAAAAGAAGAACUCCGAAAAAUUAUAAUUUCUCCGCCAGUUUAUGGAGCUUUUAAGUAUGAGAAAAUUUGGAAUGAAAAUAUUAGUGAUUUAGUAGAAAGAGCAUAUUUUGCAGAUAUUCCAAGGAAUUUUAGCGGCAUUACAGUGUUUGGUGGAACUAUUUUACUACAGCAAAGUCUGUCAGAGAUAGAUGAUUUUAAGUCUUGUGCUAGAAAAAUAACGUUUAUUCACGAAGCUGCACAUGCAAUGAGAAAAUAUAACGAGGGAUCUUAUAAUCCAGAAAAGAAAACUCCAAAAUCAGCAGCAAAAGACCUUGUUAGUGGAAUGCCUGGAAACACAUAUUUUCAAGAUGAUUUUAAAGAACAUGAAAAAAAUGAAGGUGGGAAAAUAAUUGAGAAUGCUAUUUUUGGUGCCUAUUUUACGAAAAUAAAUAAAUUGCAAAUUGACUAUAUAAAUGAUUUGGAAAAUUGAGAACAGGAUUCAGAAAGUUUUAAAUCCUGUAUUGGAGCAAAAGGAAGGGAAAACUCAAAAUCUUAUGAAUUAGCUCGUGGAAAUCAUUACUUUUCAGGAAUGAGAAAUGAUAACUGUGGGAAUUAUUAA